UUACUCAAAAUACCAAGAGGAAUAGAGAAGUUAUUAAUAGCAAUUAUAAAGUGGAUUGACUAUGGCUGAUGAAAUUUUUCAAGAUGGAGUCUAUGGAGAAAGCUGGUGGAUUAAUUCAACAAAAAAUAUUUUUAGUUUAUCAUCAUCAACUAAUUGUGGACAAUAUUUUACAUGUCCAAGUGAUCAAUUUUUGGACAUGAAAAAUAGGUCAAAUAAUGAUGAUUAUUAUUCUAGUUCUGAUGACUCUAUGGUUUUUCAAGAAUUGCCCAAAAAUCAUAACUUGUCAUCAAUGGAUAAUUAUGAUUCAAAUCUACAAAUUUUGGGUAUUUAUGGCAAUUCUUCUUCACCAGAUUGGAAUCACUCACUCAAUGAUUCCAUGCUACAAGAAAAUCUCAAUUCAAGCCAGAAUUGUCUUCAUCAUCAUGAAUUGAAGAGGAACUUUUCCAGCAUAAUUAGUGAAGAUAAUUCCUUAAUUAAACCAAUUAUGAAUCAAGAUUUCAGUAAUUACUAUUCAGAUUUGCUUCAAACAUUAUUUGAUAGUACUAAUCCUCAUCAAGAUCAAUUACAACCUCAACAAUCUUUCAAUUAUGCAUCAUCCACAAUUAAACAUAGACAAAAUUUCAAUGGUGUUGCACCUUCUCUAGCAAAACAAAUACAUAACUCUAAUAUUAAAGAAAUCAGAGAACCAACAUACAAGAGAUCCCGAAUCGAGACACCAUCACCAUUGCCAACUUUUAAGGUGAGAAAAGAGAAAUUGGGGGACCGGAUAACUGCACUCCAGCAAUUGGUUUCACCUUUUGGAAAGACUGAUACAGCUUCAGUUCUCCAAGAAGCUAUUGAGUACAUCAAUUUUCUUCAUGAUCAAGUCAACGUCAUUUUAAGAACCCCACAUAUGAAAAAUGGAUUAAGAAUUCAACAUCAACAGGUUAAGGAACAAGAAGGAUUAUUAAAACAAGACUUGAGGAGCAAAGGACUUUGUUUAGUACCAAUAUCAAGUACUUUCCCGGUAGCAGCUGAGAUUACUAUGGAUUUUUGGACACCAACAUUGGGAAGAACAUCUCAAUAGACUUUGAG